AUGUCGGACACCAAAUCUUCGAAACUAGGCCAUGGACUAGCAAAAGGCUUGGGUAUCGACUUGAAUGAGACUCGGAGUCCCAACUUCCAUCAUGAUUCCAUAGAGGAUCCCCAUUCUCACACCUACGUCGAGCCUGAGCCCACGGCAGGUGACUGGUUUCGCGAGCAUGCGCCUACAACCCGCCAGGCCGUUGAGUACUUUUACAAUCUGUUCCCAUUCCUAGCCUGGAUCAUGAGUUACAACGUACAGUGGCUUAUUGGGGACUUGGUUGCCGGCAUAACUGUCGGUGCUGUCGUCGUUCCACAGGGUAUGGCCUAUGCCAUAUUGGCUGAACUACCCCCGGAAUAUGGCUUGUAUACUUCAUUCAUGGGUGUGUUGAUCUAUUGGUUUUUUGCCACAUCAAAGGAUAUUACGAUUGGGCCCGUGGCUGUCAUGUCUACUCUAGUUGGCGGUAUUAUCAUAAGCACAAAGGAAAAUCACCCCGAGCUGGAGGGCACCGAUAUCGCGUCUGCAUUGGCCAUCAUUUGUGGCGCCAUUGUCACUUUUCUGGGCUUCAUUCGAUUCGGUUUCAUUGUGGACUUCAUCCCGCUACCAGCUAUCACGGCGUUCAUGACUGGCUCUGCCAUCAGCAUCUGCGCCGGACAGGUGAAAACAUUGCUAGGAGAGACAGCUAAAUUCUCGACGCGUGGUGCAACCUACCGAGUGAUUAUAGAUACCCUCAAGCACCUGCCGAGUGCCACGAUGGACGCAUCCAUGGGUAUGACCGCAUUGGCCAUGCUGUAUGGCAUCCGUUCUGCUUGUAAUUUCGUAGCGCGCCGAAACCCUCAGCGCGCGAAGGUUUUCUUUUUCAUCUCGACUCUCCGCACGGCCUUCGUCAUUUUGUUCUACACCAUGAUCAGCGCUGCUGUCAACCUGCACCGGCGUGAUGAUCCGGCCUUCAAAAUCCUCGGAGAGGUGCCCCGAGGCUUCACUCAUGCCAAAGUGCCUCGUGUUGAUACUGAAAUCAUUCGCGCAUUUGCCAACGAGAUCCCGGCCGCCGUCAUUGUGCUCCUGAUCGAACACAUUGCCAUCUCGAAGUCAUUCGGUCGUGUCAACAACUAUACUAUUAACCCAUCGCAGGAGUUCAUUGCCAUCGGCAUUACCAAUCUUCUGGGUCCCUUCCUGGGAGCCUAUCCCGCUACAGGCUCGUUCUCGCGUACAGCCAUCAAGUCUAAAUCCGGCGUACGCACGCCUCUAGCAGGUGUUAUCACAGCAGUUGUCGUUCUACUUGCUAUCUACGCUCUCCCGGCCGUCUUCUUCUAUAUCCCCAGUGCCUCCCUCGCGGGUGUCAUUAUCCACGCUGUUGGGGACCUGAUCACACCACCCAGCGUUACCUACCAGUUUUGGCGCGUGGCGCCUCUUGAUGCGAUCAUCUUUCUGGCGGGUGUCAUUAUCAUCAUCUUCACUGAGAUCGAAAUCGGAAUCUACUGCACUAUCUGCGUCUCGGCUGCUGUUCUUCUCUUCCGUCUUGCGAAGGCCCGAGGUCAGUUCAUGGGCCGCGUUAGAAUUCACUCUGUCAUAGGUGAUCACCUCCUUGAAGACGACGAGGACCCUUACGCCAUCUCCCCAAGGACUAUUUACCUGCCAACCACCCACUCGGACGGAUCAAAUCCGGAUGUCAAAGUCGAACAACCCUCUCCCGGUAUUUUCAUUUACAGACUCUCUGAUGGCUUGAACUACCCCAACGCAAACCACUACACGGAUCAUCUCGUGGAUCAUAUCUUUAAGACUACUCGACGGACGACACAGGACAUUUACGAAAGCCCAGGAGACAGACCCUGGAAUGACCCUGCUCCGCGCCGCAGCAAAGCUAAAGCCAAUAUCGAUAACACUUCACACCUACCCACUCUGAAAGCCGUUAUCCUCGACUUCUCCUCGGUCAAUAAUGUCGAUGUAACUUCCAUCCAAAAUCUCAUCGAUGUGCGAAAUCAACUUGACCGAUACGCCACUCCGGACAAAGUCCAGUGGCAUUUCGCUCAUAUCAACAACAAGUGGACAAAACGGGCUCUUGUCGCAGGCGGUUUCGGAUUUCCUCCUUCUGUCUCUAACUCUGAAGGCAGCCAACAGCCCUGGAAGGCUAUUUUUACGGUCGCAGAAGUUGACGGAAGCCCUGAUCUCGUCACUAACAAGCGAAACCCGGACCUGGAGUCGGGAUCGGAUGAUAUCGAUAACACUCUACCCUCGAAGCAAUACCCUCAGGCCACGGAGCGGAGUAUCCAAAGCCAGACUCUCGGCAUCGAGAAGGAACAACUAUCAGACGUGCCUAGCCGCGACGGGUCUACUGUAGCAGAGCGCCGCGAGACCGGGAACAAUCGCAAGCGGAUUCUGGGAACGAUGGCCGUGGUGGAGGGAAUCAAUCGACCAUUCUUCCACAUCGAUAUCACCAGUGCGUUGCAGAGCGCUGUGGCCAACUCCCAUCGUUCUUCUGGGUCGGAGCUGGAUGCAUCAAAGUAA